GUCUCAUGAAUUUGGAUACAGAGGUCCGGUCAUCAUCUCCUGCUCCAGAUCGACCGUUUCAUCGUGCUCUACGUGGCGGAGAUUCGGAUGCACUUGAACGGGUGAAAGAGGGUCUUACACGAGUUCUCUCUCGAAUUAACGUCAGUGUGACGGCUUCUAAUGAAGAAGAUUUCCUGACACUCGCUGCAAACGCUUGCUGCGCGGAAUGGAAAUUACGGCAAAAAAAUUCAGAAAUAGCGCUCAAAUUGUGCCUUGCUCAGCCGACGACUCAUGAUACCACAUUUGCCAACCUAGUCAGUCAACUUGGCUUUAAUUCAGUAGCGUUUUGGAAAAUUGCGGUACCUCAAGUUUAUGACUCGGAUCUGUCAUUCGGCACCCAGUACCGUGACUCGCUUCUGUUCUCGUUAGCUCUUUAUGAUGUUAACAAUAGCAAAAAUCGAUUACGCGAGUUGUACGCUGCUGUGCCUGGAGUACGUCAAAGUAUGUUGGGCGUGCACGCGAAGAAAUUCGGCGAGAAGUAUAGGCAUAUUCAGAUGGUUCGUUCGCGCGCCAACUCACGAAUGUCCUCUGUACAUGGUUCUAUGGAGGAUCUGUUAUUACUGGACAAUGACGCUGUUGAAGACGGUCAAUCUGACGGAGCCAGUGAAGGGCUGUCAUCUGGAACGGGAGUUGGAGGACUGACGACUACUUCCCAUCACAAGCAAAGGGUCAUAAACGUGUCAAACGCGCCACCGAUUUCCCUCAAGCGCAAAGACAGCGGAUGUUGGGAAAUCAAGCAAGGAUCCGGCGGCUUAGUGUCGUGUGUUGAUCCUGUUAUGUCGGUGGACAAAGAGAAUAUAUGGUUAUCAAACCUUGGUAUCAAUAUUAAAGAGGAACGUGACGAAAUGGAUAUCCAUCCACCAUCUACAAAUUCGCUUGGUUUGCCCCUUAUAAAGCAGGCAAGAGCAGGUGAAAUUUUCCACGUACUAGAGGAGGACGACAAGAAGCAGGAGCUUACUGCUAAGGAACAGAUUGUAGAAAGGGACAUGUCUCUUCUGUCAGUAUUGCACGAUUACAAUAGAUCUAAUUACCAGCUGAACCCAGUCUUCGUCAAUCAGGAAGAUUACAAUGCUUACUAUGGAGGAAUUAGCAAUGGUUUGUUAUGGCCUGCCUUACACAAUUUGUCGGAGUAUAUUGUCAAGGAAUAUGACGAUCCUAACGUUCUUCGCGAACAUUGGUGUGCGUAUGUACGUGUCAACUACCAAUUUGGUAUAAAUGCCGCUCGUAACAGUCGUCCUCAAGACUUUAUUUGGAUUCACGACUACCAUCUCAUGCUCACAGGCCAGAUAAUGCGUAGUUUGGACAGUAAUCUUGAAGUCGGCUUCUUUCUGCACAUACCUUUUCAACCACCAGCAGAUUUUAUGAAGAAAUACAAAGUGGUUGCUGAUCCAAUACUUCGAAGCAUUUUACGCUUUACAAAGGUUGGCUUUCAAACCCAUCGUGACCGUGACCGAUACGUUGAGUUGGUCAGGCAGCACAUCCCCAGAGCUAGAGUGCAUUUCGAUAACAGAAUAGAUAUCUUUACUGUAACAUACGAAGUUUUGGCCAACAGCGGUGAAGGAGGGUGUUUUUUCUUCUCCGUUGAGAGGUUCGACUAUACUAAAGGUAUCAUGGAGAAACUGAAAGCAUGGAAGAGGUAUUUCGAAAAAUACCCCGAAAGGAAGGGACUGGACGUUCUUUAUCAGGUAGCGGUCACCAAUAGGCGUGCUGUGGAGUCGUAUAAAAUAUACCAGGAUAACUGCUUGGCACUGGCGGCCCAUAUAAACGAGACCAUUCGGUGUGAAUCUAGACCAGGUUGGAGGCCUCUUCGAUUUGAAACCGAUGGACUGCCGCGCACUCGCCUUGUGGCUUAUUACCUUGCAAUGGAUAUCGGAGUUGUUACUCCUUCCAAGGAUGGCAUGAAUCUUGUGGCAAAGGAAAUGAUGGUAUGCAACCCAGCUGCCUCGCUUGUGCUUUCGUCAGGAGCUGGCACAGAGGUGCAAUUGGGAAAUGCUGGGUUUUACUCUGAUGACGAAAAGUACUAUCAUCGUGUUGAUGACAUAUCGAAUACGGAGAACUUCGCUGACGUUUUUUAUCGCGCAGCAACGGAAGAGAGAGCUGUAAGGCAGGAACACGGUGGACGACUGAAUCAAUUCCUAAAGAGUCAUGACAUUGACGAGUGGAGCUCAGCAUUCCUUGAUCCUAGCUGGACUCAUGAAGUCAUUCGACCUAGUGAAAUCAAGCAGCUAGCCGAUUUCUACAUGCUCAUGGCCCAGACCGGGCAGGUACGACGUCAGAUUGUUGAGGUCGUUUUAAAAGGAAUGCCAAUUCGUCCUCAUUUUGUCUUGUCGUUGGAGAAUGCGAAGGAUUCCCUUGAGAAAAGUUGUUUACCUGACACUAGCAGACUAGUGUUGGAAACGACUUCGCAUCCCGAGGAUGCCGACGGUGCGAACACUCAUGCGACGUUUGAUAUUAGCGAUGAGCUCAGCGAGCUUCAAAAGGAUCUCGCAUUUCUAUCUUUCAUCCAGUCUGACGAAACUAACAACGUUGAACAGUUUAUUGAUACCCUUGGAUCGUUUCAUCCUUCUGGGCCAACUGCUUUCGUUGCCGAAGUGGAGAAAGCUGCUGCACUUUUAACACUCGGCGACCAUUUCCACUACGUCUUCACGGACAGGGAUGGUACGCUGAAGAGUUAUUCUUGCUCAUAUCCUACCAGUGUGCAACCUGCAUAUUCUGCUGUCAUACAGGCUCAAUUCGCGCGUCGUUGUGCCCAGUUCUGCGCUAUUGUUACCACAGCACCCCUAGUGCACAUUGGAAUACUUAACAUGAGCACUAUGCCUGAAGGGUACUACGCCUAUGGAGCUUCUGCUGGUCGUGAAUGGUAUUUCAAUCCUGCCAUGCAGUUCAAGGACAACAGCAUUAGCGAUGCUGAUCUUUCGUUACUGAAUAAAGCGUUUGAUAAGGUGGAGGAUCUACUCGAAAAUCCUGAGUUUCGCAACUUCACGUGGAUUGGCAGUGGAUUGCAAAAGCAUUAUGUGACCAAAAUUGUAAACGAAGUUGAUCCCACGGGAACAGUUUUGACAAUCAGAGAGAACGAAUACGACAUUAAAAUCUACACGAAGGCAAAAUUAUCUGGUCGGAUAUUUAACAAAGGUCAUGGUGUUCGUCUGAUUGAGCGAAAAAUGGGUAAUGUGCUAGUGUGUGGCGAUUCUGAUACGGAUAUUCCUAUGCUGGAAGAAUGUCUAUCUGUUGCCCCACCAAACGUGUAUACAAUUUGGGUCACAAAAGAUGAAGCUCUUAAAGAAAAGGUUACCCAAACAUGUGCACAUUUUCAUAACAGUAACGUUGCCUUCGUAUCUUGUCCUGAGGUACUGCUUGGUGCUAUGGCACAGGCCACCGUACGUGAGCUGAAAGUACGUGGUGUAAACUUUGACGAUGACGGUGAUAUCUAG